ACGACCAGAAGAAAACGAAUAGAAGAGAAAAGCCAGCAACAACAACCAGCGGUGCAGGCGAUGGGGACAGAUAUCCGUUUGUCCACCAGAAGGAAAAGUAGAGAAGGAUGUCGAUCGGAGGGACGAGAAGCUCCGCGUUUUGCGAUCAAGUGGGAUGGCAUGAACAGGUGCCGACCGACCGGCCGCCUUGUUUGCCCACCGGCUCUCCCUUCCUCAACUCUCACCUUCAAACUCUCAGCGCAUUUUCCCCUUCUUCCCCGCCCACUCACGCUUGAUACUUAGUCCGCUCGAAAUCCACUUCCCCCCCGACCGAGUUGUCUUCUUCUAUCCAUUCUAUCCUCUCUUACUCUCCCCUCUAUCCCCAUGUUCAGUCGUCUCAGUCAACUCACCCGCCAUUUGUCUCGACCAGCUCUUCACAAUUCUUCUGCAUCUGCAUUCCCCUCUAGUGCAAUUGUCCCUGCCUCACGCGCGCCGUCCUUGAAAAUGACAUCAUCCGUACUCCCGAAGAACAAACGAACCAUUCACACCGCGGCAUGUCUGAUCAUUGGUGACGAAGUCCUUGGCGGAAAGACAAUCGACACCAACUCCGCCUUCUUCGCAAAAUACUGCUUCACGCUGGGCAUCCAACUGAAGCGCAUCGAGGUGAUUGCCGACGACGAGAGCGAGAUUAUCGAAGCGGUCCGGCGCAUGAGUGAUCGGUAUGACUUCGUAGUCACGAGCGGAGGCAUCGGCCCGACACACGACGACAUCACCUACGCCUCAAUCGCCAAAGCCUUUUCCCUCCCACUCAAACUGCACCAACCGGCAUUCGAACGCAUGAAGCGCCUCUCGAAACCGCACCCCAUGCAACCGACCUUCGACUGGGAGACACCCUCGGCGAGCCUGACGGCGAAGCUGCGCAUGGUGGAGCUUCCGCACGACGCGUCCCUCCCGGAGGAGGACCAGGCGAUCUUCGUGGCGGACGACAUGUGGGUGCCGAUCGCGAUUGUGAACGGCAACGUGCACAUCCUGCCGGGGGUGCCGCGGCUCUUCGAGCGGCUGCUCGAGCACCUGAAGCCGUCGCUGCUGCCGCGCUUGGUCAACCCGGAGGAAGGCAAGGGCAUCUACCGGUACCUGUUCAGCACCCCGUUGCCCGAGAGCACCGUAGCCGGGUACCUGACCGAGUUGGCCGGGCGGGUGGCCGACCGCGGCGUCAAGGUGGGCAGUUACCCGCGGUGGGGCAACAAGCGGAACACCGUCACGCUGGUGGGCACGGACAAGGAGCUGAUGGAUUCGCUGAUCCUCGAGGUCGAGCGGAAUGUGGAGGGGAAGAAGGUGCUUCGGGAGGAUGAGCUGGAUCCUCCCUCCGAUGCCGAGGAGGAGAAGUAGGGAGACCGUAGAGUGAAGUGGUUGGAACUGGUUUCGAUAGCCCUCCCUCUCUGUUCUUCUCUAUCCUCCACCCCGCCGCUGCAUUUGCGCGUGCAGCCGGACUCGUCCUUAGAUAGCGGCACUUGCUGGACAUAUAGACACUGAAAAGCAAGCUGGCC